AUGGGCCUCUCUAUCCGGUCCAAGUGUCACUCUGAACCAGGGAGAGACAAAAGAGAGGAGGGUACGCGCACCCACGGCCGAGUGAAUGCAUGGAGUCCGUGGGUUUGGCAUUCAAAGAGAGUUGCACAGUGGUGAACUACAAUCCUGUCGGGAAGACUCCACAUACUCCACCUGGAUUUAUUAUUUGUCUUCCUUCAUUCGUGAGUUUUGGAUGGAAAGCCCUGUUUUGCUGGAGAAAUGACGUGAAUGUGUUUUUGGUUCUCUGGAUUAUGCCUGAACCAGAAUCUGGAAAAAUGGACCUUGAGAGCCUGGCUGUCUAUAGCAUGGCCAAACCCGAACACAAGUGGUGGAUACACCAAAUCGACAACAGUUCAGGCCACUGUCUUCAUCGGAUCUGAUGCCAAGAAGUGAAGCCAAGUCCUACCCCAUGGUGACUUUUUCCGAGACAACGCAGGUCUCCCCAAUGGAACUGCGCGAGCCCCACUGCCUGACCGCCACCUUGUCACCGGGGCUUCGGCGUAAGAAAAUGCUUUGGCAGAAUGCUGUGAAGCACAUCAUCAUCCAGCAGGAACUCAGUGCUCAGGUCGGCGUGGAGCCAGCUCGCAAGAUCUUUGUGACGGACGCUUAUAUGGAAGAAAUCAACCGGCAGAUCCGCAGCAAGGCCUCCCGUGGAGUCAAGCGCCGCUCUUCCACCUUCCGGGUUCACCCUUCCCAUAUCCGUGGCUCAAUCAGCCAUAGUGUUGGAGGGUCAAGCGGGAAUGAAUACGCUAGCGAUGCCGACUUCUUUGUGCACUGGGGUCGGAUUAUUCACGGUAUCUACAUACCCACCCUGAGGCACACCUUCAAGUCAAAAGACCUUGAAAAACUCUACCAGCAACAUUCCUCUCACCAAAGACGCAACUCCUUAGCCAUCACCAAUGUGAUCGACGCCAUGGCAAAACUUCAUAUUCUAGUGUUGUACCUGGCAUUGGCACCCCAGGAUGUCUUGGAACCCCUACGAGGAUGCUUGACGUGUGCGUUCAUGGUGUUCGCAGUAGCACUGUGCAUCGUUGUGCUAACCUUUAAGGACGCCAUGUCACCCAGGUGGCUUCACUACGCCGGCCUGGCCAGUUGGCUGUCACAAACCGCGCAGGUACUGGGAGGACUGGCAUACGGACUGGAGAAAGACCCUUCGUGGUACCUUUUGUUCACGCUAUUUGCCACAUACACACUGCUGCCGUUACCUCUUCUGUGGGCCAUGUGUGCCGGUUCGCUGACGUCAUCGUUGCAUCUGCUUGUGGAGGUCAUAUGCUACCGCAACGAUCCAGUAAUUUUAAGAAAGGUUUUUGCUAAAGGCCUUCUGUACCUUGGUAUGAACACAGCCGGAUUCUUCAUUCACUACCUGACAGAUCAUUCACAGCGACAGGUGUUUCUAGAAACACGGCGUUGUAUUGAAGGUCGCCUCAAAUUGGAGCUGGAGAACCAGAGACAGGAACGCCUGGUGUUGUCCAUCUUGCCCAGGUUUGUAGCCUUGGAAAUGAUCGCUGAUAUGAGCUCGAUGGAGGAUGAGCUCAGUCCUCAAGAGUUUCACAAGAUUUACAUACACCAAUACAAAGACGUCAGCAUUCUUUUUGCAGACAUCAAGGGCUUUACUCUGUUAUCCAUGAACUUGUCAGCUCAAGAUUUGGUUCGAACGCUCAAUGAGCUCUUUGGACGCUUUGACCGUUUGGCCGAGGAGCACCAGUGCCUACGAAUAAAGAUACUGGGGGACUGCUACUAUUGUGUAUCCGGUGUUCCAGAACCUCAGCGUGCCCAUGCUAGACAUUGUGUGGAAAUGGGCCUAGCCAUGAUCAACACCAUACGGGCUGUUCGGAAGCAGCUAAAUUUUAACAUGGACAUGAGGAUUGGCAUCCAUUCAGGCUCUGUCCUGUGUGGGGUUCUGGGUCUCCAGAAAUGGCAGUUUGAUGUUUGGUCCUGGGAUGUGGGCAUCGCCAACAUGCUGGAGGCCGGUGGUAUACCAGGGCGGAUUCACAUAUCAAAGGCUACCCUGGACUGCCUAGAAGGCAUCUACAAAACAGAGGACGGACGUGGAGCUGACAGGAAUGAGUUCCUGCGCCGACACAACAUCGACACUUUUCUGAUCUGUGACCAAGACGACGGACAUAAAGACGAUCACAACGAGCCACCGAGAGUCCAGAAAACAAGCCGAGCGCAUGAAAUUCCUUUCAGUAGUGCCAUUGAUAUGAAUAGUAUCUUGGCCUCGUUCACAAAUGGGUCUCUGCCCAAUAUAUGGCCGUCCACCUCCAAAGAAAUCAACGAACGCAUCAAACAUGCCAUUGAGGUUCGCAGUAGCGAGCGUAUGCAUCAGGAACACAUAAGUCCUUUGUCUCUGGUGUUCAAGGACACACACAUUGAGGACAAGUUUUCCCAGAUGAGAGACGAAAUGUUCAACUCCAACCUGCUCUGCGCCUUCAUCUUGCUGCUCUUCGUCAUGGUAGCCCAGGCCAUUAUCCCAGCGCCGAGGCUGUUUCCAGCCCUCCUUCAAUUUUCGCUGUUUCUGCUCACCUACACGCUGCUGCUGCUAUUGGUGCUCGCCGAGGAGUUCAAGUGGUGUCCGGCUACGCUGCAGCAAUUCUGUUGCUGGAUCCACGAGAACAACAGCGCUCGCAACACCCUCACCCUCACUGCUGUGGUCAUCAAUUUUGGUUUAGCCUCUACAGAUAUUUUAUGGUGCCUUCUUACAGGCACAGAAGAGGCUAGUGAGAUUGAAAAUACCAACAUGGCUUCACGGUCACUCACUGUGUGUUCUUACCCAGAGGUUUUUGUGCUAAGCGGCGUGAUCGCAAUGGUGACAUGCGCUGUGUUCCUUCGUCUCAACUCACUCUUGAAGUUGGCCGUGCUCCUACUGGCUGUAGCUGUCUACUCCUACCUCAUCCAUCUAGCCUUUCUCUCUCUCACACACCACGACAUGCCCCACAGGUCUCACUACAUGAGAAGAAAAGGGAUCGCCAUCCUUCUCUUGGUCAUGUUCAUUGUUGCCGUCUUCUACAACGGACGCCAGUGGGAAGCCACCGCCAGGCAGGACUUUCUGUGGCGUCUGCAGGCCCAGCAGGAAGUAGAGGACAUGAGGGAACUGCGAGAGCACAAUGAAUGUCUCUUGCACAAUAUUCUGCCCGUGCAUGUCGCUCGACACUUUUUGGAACGAAGCAAGAACGAUGAGGAGCUUUACUCGCAGUCCUAUGAUGAGGUGGGAGUGAUGUUUGCAUCUAUCGCUGGAUUUAACGAGUACUUUGAGGAAAAGGAGAUCAGGCAUGAAGGUGUGGACUGCCUCCGAGUCCUCAAUGAGAUCAUAGCAGGCUUUGAUGAGUUGCUGGAGGAGUCAUAUUUCCAUUAUGUGGAGAAGAUCAAGACCAUAGGGAGCUGUUACAUGGCCGCUUCCGGUCUAGCACCAGACAAACAGACAUCUAUGGACGAAUGGAAUCACUUAAGCGAGCUGGUUAUGUUUGCGCUAGCGAUGCAAGAGACCUUGAAGGAGAUUAACAGGCACUCUGCCAAAGACUUUCAGCUGCGUGUCGGCAUUGCUCACGGGCCGGUGGUGGCAGGUGUCAUCGGCGCAAGCAAACCGCAGUACGACAUCUGGGGGUCCACAGUAAACCUGGCCAGCCGCAUGGACAGCACAGGGGUGAGCGGACGGAUUCAGGUGCCUGAGACCACCCGCAAGGUUCUGGCAGACUGGGGCUUUGUCUUGGAGCUGCGUGGGGAAAUUUUUGUCAAGGGGGUGAGCGAGUGCCAAGGCAAGGUACGCACCUACUUCAUCAGCACAAUGCGCUGCAAGCGAGCCGACGACACCAUGGACGGACGUCCUGGAGGCAAGAUGACGGGACGCAUGACCCUCGCCGGCAUUGUUUUCAGUCUGGUCCAGGCUAGAAACAAGGAGAAACUGAGGGAGACCAACGGAGGGUUCGCUCUGACGACUUCCACCUUCAAGUGCUGAUAGGACAAAGCCAAUUAAAUGGACCUCAAAUUUGGGAAACCCUGCCAUAUAUAUAUAUA